AUGACUAGCAUCGCAAUCUCUGAGAUAACCUUUGCUGAAACGAUCAGGAAGGGAUCAGUGUCAUGUAUCUACCGCGUCAGUUGGGAUGGUAAAGAUUGCAUCUUGAAAGUGUUUCACACCCCCGAGCCCGGGUCCUAUUUCCUCCGUAAAAUUCGCACUCGAAAACGAGAAACCGUCCCAUUCAAAUGCGAAAGCACUGCAUACACACGACUAAAAGAACAGGGCUUAUGCGACCGAGGGAUCAUCCCAGAUUUCUACGGACUGGUGGAGCAGAUCAAACCCGAUGACCACCUACCAUACCUGGAAGAUUUUCUCGAGGAUACUGAAUAUCCGAAUGCGAUUCUGAUCGAGUACGUCCCAGACAUUGCCAUGAUCGAUCCAUCGAACUUUUCAGCGCAACGCACCCAUAAGCUUCGUGACAUACUGUCGGAGAUCCACCAAGCCGGGGUGUAUCACGCAGAUCCAUAUCCUCGCAACAUGAUGGUCCAGGCAACUUCUGACAGAGUCCUGUGAAUUGACUUCGACAGUGCGCAAAUGUUCAUUAUAGAUGCAGUGGAACAGUAUCAGUCGGAGUGGUUGG